AUGCCCAAAGCAGAGCUUGACAACCAGCCCUCGGCGUUCUCAGAGCCCUCGGAACCCGCGGACGUCGCUCCCGAGGGUAAACGCGCGCAGAUCACGAACCCGCAAGAGGAGAACCCCCAGGCGGUUGUGAAGAAACAGGGCGCUGGCGGCAGUGGAGGUGCAGGACGAUCAAGAAAGGGCGAGAAGAAGGAGAACGAGCCAGAAGGACCACGCAGCAGCAAGGGUAAAUUCCUUCAGGUAGUCAUGGGUUUCGCAUAA